AUGGAGAUGGUUCAGGGUGCUCCGCCAGCGUCGGGGCAGUUCACUGAAGCGCGCGCUAAUGUGUUCAAAAUCCUCUUCCGCGAAUACGGUCUGCCCAUAUUCACUAUUCUUAAACCGCACCUCAUUCGGCUGUGCGAAUCAGACAAGCGGCACUCCCAGUGGACG